GUCAUGCCGAAGCUGUCCGCGGAGAAGCCUAGGCGGUGGAGGUCGGGCGCUCAGGACCAGUGAGCUCGUCAAGGCCUGGGGUGUCCUGGGACCUUCGCUCAUUCUCAUUCAGAACUGGGAGGCCUUCGGGUUGGCGAGCCGGCCCCUUUGCGUGGGCCAUUUCCUCGUCACACGGUUUCCAAGGCCCCCGACUGGAUUUGAGAAAAGUUUAUGGUUCCCAUCCUAGCAGCAGAGUACAGCAUUGCGGGAGGGCAGAAAGAGUCUGAGAUGCUGCGGCUACGCACUGGAGACGGUGUCGGACCUUUUCUGGGGAGUGCGUGGGUCGGAAGACAAACGUUUUCCCUGACAUCGUAGAUGCACGAUGUGGAAACGCCCGACGAGUCACAGGUCACCGUUGCACCCCCAGAAGACAGCGACAUCAAGCCACUUCCAAAGCCCCUGGGGUGUGCUUCUGCCUCUCAGACAGGCACGCGCUCCUAGUCCUCUCAAGGCUUGUAGUUCUACUUGGCGUCAUCGUUGCCCUAGGCAACACCCAGGCCGGGAGUUCUGUCCCUUUAAGGAAUCCUAGCGCCUUGGCCUUUUUGGUUUUGCGCGCCCGCCCACAGCGCCGGCAGAACGACCAUGGCUCAGGCGGCGCGCGUUGCGUGGGUGCUUGGCUCUAGCCGGUGCGCCCUGGCUGAGGGGCUUCUCACACGACCCUGGCAGCCACUCUCGGCACAGAGCCGGGCCAGCUUCACCAGGGCGGCGGCCGGAAGCCGGGGCGCCGCGGUCCGCAAGGGGAGCCCGCGGUUGCUGGGGGCGGCGGCGCUGGCCCUGGGCGGUGCGCUAGGGCUGUACCACACCGUGCGGUGGCACCAGCGUUCCCAGGACCUCCGCGCGGAGCACUCGGCUGCGUCGCUGUCCCUGUCCAACCGCCUGCAGCUGACCCUGUACCAGUACAAGACAUGUCCCUUCUGCAGCAAAGUCCGUGCCUUCCUGGACUUCCACUCCCUGCCCUAUCAGGUGGUGGAGGUGAAUCCGGUGAGAAGGACUGAGAUCAAAUUCUCCUCCUACAGGAAGGUCCCCAUCCUGGUGGCCCAGGAAGGAGACAGCUUGCAACAGCUCAAUGACUCCUCGGUCAUCAUUAGUGCCCUCAAGACCUACCUGGUUUCAGGGCAGCCCCUGGAAGAAGUCAUCACUUAUUACCCACCCAUGAAGGCCAUGAAUGACCAGGGCAAGGAGGUGACCGAGUUCUGCAACAAGUACUGGCUCAUGCUGGAUGAGAAGGAAGCCCAGCAGAUGUAUGGCGGGAAGGAAGCCAGGACGGAGGAAAUGAAGUGGCGGCAGUGGGCGGAUGACUGGCUGGUGCAUCUCAUCUCUCCCAACGUGUACAGAACACCUGCUGAGGCUUUGGCUUCCUUUGACUACAUUGUCCGAGAGAGCAAGUUUGGGGUUGUGGAGGCCACCAUGGCCAAGUAUGUGGGCGCAGCUGCCAUGUACCUCAUCAGCAAGCGCCUCAAAAGCAGGCACCACCUGCAGGAUGAUGUACGGGUAGACCUCUAUGAAGCAGCCAACAAGUGGGUGACAGCCGUGGGCAAGGACCGGCCAUUCAUGGGGGGUCAGAAGCCUAACCUUGCUGACCUGGCAGUGUAUGGCGUGCUGCGAGUGAUGGAAGGUCUGGAGGCCUUCGACGACCUGAUGCGACACUCACACAUCCAGCCUUGGUACCUACGGAUGGAGCGGGCCAUUGAAGAAGUCCCCUCAAUCCAUUGUGUUCCCCCUAGCUGCAAAGACUAGUUGCUAGGGGCACAAGACCUGGACUAGCCCCUGGCCAUGCUUGUAGGGGGCAGAGUCAUUUCGUCUCUGGUCCACUUAGCCCCCAGCUCUCUACUUCUGAUACUGGACAUUUCUAGGGCCCUUGACACUGAGGACAAGACUCAAACUUACAGCUAUUCUGUGGGUCAAGGGUCGGGGUCACAAAGGAGGGUAGCUCUAAUCCCAGUUCCAGGGCCCUGAUCCCCUAAAGGGACUCCUUGUCAUCUCUGCUAGGGCCCAAUCCCUUGUUGACAGGGAUGAGACUGGCCCCUGACCUGGAUGAGGGGAAGGCAGUCUGGUAACAAAAGUGCUGUCUACUUGCCUCCUGGUUCCAGCUCUUCCCAGGUGCCUCUAGGAAUAUUGCGUUUGUAAUAAAGAGAGGUCUGCUGCUCCCCUCUGGCAGCCACUGUUCCGAGGUCUGGUCUGUGGGGUAGGUGUUGGCUAGGGCUGUCAGUCAAGGGAAGCCAGGGCUUUUUUUGGGGGGUGGGGGGCUCGAGACAGGGUUUCUCUGUAUAACCCUGGCUGUCCUGGAACUCACUCUGUAGACCACGCUGCCCUUGAACUCAGAAAUCUGCCUGCCUCUGCCUCCCAAGUGCUGGGAUUAAAGGUGUGUACCACCGCUGCCCGGCUGGGCAGGCUGUAUUAACCCUGGUACGUCUGCCGCACAAUCGGUACCCACUGAACAUCACAAGGAUUUGGACAUGGAUUUUAGUCUGGUUAUGUUCCCCACUGACCAUGGUGCUCUGGGCAGUGAUACUCAUCUGUCAAAUGGGUACAUUGAUAGUCCUGCCUCUGAGAAAGUUGUGGGGGAAUUGGGUAUGGUGGUGCACGCUUGUAAUCACAACUUGAGGUGGGAGCUGCAGUGUGAGACCUUGUCUCCCAAAGAUAGAGUGGGUCUGGAGGUGUAGCUCAAUGGGUAACAUGCUUUCUCAGCACAUGUAAAGCCCUGGUUUCCACCUGGGCUGUCAUUUAGGCAGGGUGGAGUAAUGCACACUAGUUAUCUUGGCAGGAGGCAGGAGGAUCAGAAAUUCGAAGUCACCCUCAUACAUUUCAAAUCAUACAUUCUAAAUCACCCUCAUGAGCUUGUGGUCAGCCUCAAAAUAUAAAACCAACAAUACAAAAAUAAAAAAUACAAAAC